UUAGAUUCUAUUGAUUGGAUUCUUAAAGAAGCUUUAUUAGCUUAUAAAAAAAUCAAUAGGAAAUAUACUGGUGAAAAUAUUUAUGAUGUUAUAGAACAAAUAAUCAGACAAUUUCAACUUGAACAAAAACUAUUCAUUGCUAUUAUAGAUAAUGAUCCUAAUAUUGUAAAAGCCAUUCGAUUGAUAGAAAUCUCACAUACCGGGGG